CCAAAUCACCUGAACCAUCUCCCCCUAAUAACCUCUUCCCUUUAGCUGGGACCCGCCUUAUUAUACAGCCUUAUGUCCCUAAACCAGCUGGUGCUGCAUUGACCCCUCAUUUCCCACACUCCCAGGCCAGGUCCACUCCUUCCCCUCCCCCUUGCGCUCCUCCCCUUUCCGGGAGCCUCGUGCCCCCGGCCAAGCUGGGAGGGAUCCAGGUGCCUAAGAGGGCGGGUCCGGGUCUCCCCUGUCCCCCACCCGGGAGCCUGAGGGAUAUAAGGCACAACGCGCACAGAGGCUCGGUCCACACCAGGAUCCAAAGGAGAGAUGGUCACCCGGGAUCGAGCCGAGAAUAGGGAAGGCCCCAAGAUGCUGAAGCCGCUUGUGGAGAAGCGGCGCCGAGAUCGCAUCAACCGCAGCCUGGAAGAGCUGAGGCUGCUGCUGCUGGAGCGCACCCGGGACCAGAACCUCCGGAACCCGAAACUGGAGAAAGCAGAGAUACUGGAGUUCGCCGUGGGCUACUUGAGGGAGCGAAGCCGGGUGGAGCCCCCGGGGGUCUCCCGGUCCCCAGCCCAGGACGCCGAGGCGCUCGCCAGCUGCUACUUGUCCGGAUUCCGCGAGUGCCUGCUUCGCCUCGCGGCCUUCGCGCACGACUCCAGCCCAGCCGCCCGUGCCCAGCUCUUCUCUGCGCUGCACAUCUACCUGCGCCCCAAGCCGCCUCGGCCGGAACCCGUAGAUCCGAGGCCCCAAGCCGCGCGCCCACCGCUGGACCCCGCCGCCCCGGCGCCUGGCCCCGCGCUGCACCAGCGCCCCCCAGUGCACCAGGGCUGCUCUAGCCCUCGCUGUGCCUGGUCCCCGUCCCCUUGCUCCCCCCGCGCCGGGGAUUCCGGCGAGCCGGCGCCCCUCACCGGACUGCUCCCGCCUCCUCCGCCGCCUCACAGACAAGAUGGGGCGCCCAAGGCCCCGCCGCCCCCGCCGCCCUCUUUCUGGAGACCUUGGCCCUAAAUUUUGGGGGGUGGGGGUGAGGCUGGGGGUAGGGUAGAGACUCCCGCCUAAGGGCAGCAGAGGGACCCGGGCGUCGGGGUGAGGAGGUGUUGGGGAGGGCGGCGGGGCGUGCGGGCGUAGCGCGCGGGUGAGAUGUGGUCUAUAUUAGAGUAUCUAUAUAAAUAUAUAUUUCCCUGGUUCCUGUCCCCUUCCCCAACCCCGCCUCCCCCGUGUCUAGGAUUGUACCUUUUUUGCCCCUAGCCCAGCCCUAGUCCCUUCUCGAGUCCCUAGUGCAUGGAAUAAAGUGGUUAUUAAACCCC